AUGUCCACUAUUCAGCAUGAACCUCAAACUCGAGCCCCACGUCUGCAGACCAAACUUCGGUCCAGCUGUGAUGCCUGUGGACAGGCAAAGAUCAAGUGCGACCGGAGCCGCCCUGCUUGUUCUCGCUGCAUCGCCCAAGGCCUGGGCUGCGUGUACGGAGUCUCUAGGAAAGCUGGGAAGCCUCCACGACGGAGGCUUGCCAGCCCUCCGCAGGUCCAGUCGAGCCCCGUUAUGCCGGAGAUGCCGAAGAUUGGCCUCACUUGCAAUGACGAGGGCGAUCUCGAUAUGAUGCUCGGCCUAUCUGAGACCAGCAUGCUCAUUGAUGAUCCCUUUUCUACCUCCCACCAUGUCUUCCAGCCUUGGCUUCCACUAGAUAGCCUCGAAAGCCCAGCGAUACUGGAACCCGCCGAAAGCUCAACAGCGACAACGCCAUCCACUACAACGGCACGCCAAUUUUGUACACAGGAGUCCAAAGACAUCAUGCGCCGGCUGUAUUGCGCCAACCCUACGGCUCCUAUUUCGGAUGGAGUGCCAGCACGCACCUUGGACCUUGGUUCAGUUCUGACGCGCAACCGAGACGUGGCAGGGCGCUUGGGACUGCUUCUCAAGUGCCCUUGUGCGCGAUUACCACACACAGCCAUGCUGUACGCUUCUAUCAUAUCUAGAGUUCUACUCUGGUAUAAACAAGCUAUCUCUAACACAAACGGCACAGGGGCGUCAUGCCCACCAACACCCGAGGCACCGGGCUCAACCCCGUCAUCAAACAGCGGCGACUCACUCAGUAGCUCUGGUGCGGGAGCUAUUAGUGACAAGAUUGGAUUAUCCGUUCUCCCAACAGCUCUUACCGUGGGAACUUUCCAGAGCCAUGACCAUGACUUACAGACGGCCUUGACGAACACUCUCAUUCUAAGCGAGCUGAAGAGAGUGGGCAGCCUGAUUACCGCGUUCCUUUCUCUGGGGACAGAGGCAUACGAUCUAGAGGCCGCUUGUCCCGCUGCUGAGGAACUGGGGACGAACUUGGCAGAUGUCAACUUGGUGGCCAGCCUUGGCGCCUGGCUUCAAACUGAGCAUACCGAGAUAGUGGCCAAGGCGAGGUCGAGUUCGGCAGCGGUAGGGUAG